UGCUGCUGCUGCUCUUGCUCUUGCUGGCGCCGCCGCUGGGCGCGGGUCCGUCAUGGCGCUGGAGACCCUCUCGCCGGACUGGGAGUUCGACCGCCUCGACGACGGUUCCCAGAGUAAGCGCGAGGGAGGCGGGAAGCGUGUCUCAUUCUCUGAGGGGACCCAGCAGCGGGGUUGCCCGCUCCCCCCCCAUUUUGGAGGGCGGGGCGGGGGGUUGAGUCCUUCUGCUCAUGAGGACAUCCCGCUCCCCCCUCACCCUCCCGCAGUCAAAACUGCCUCCCCCAUGAAAAGGGCCCCCCCUCCCCGCAGCUCCCUUCCCUCUCUGCCCCGCCCCGACUGACCCCUGAGGGAGGCCUUUUGCCUGCCAUGCCCUGUCCAGAGCCAGCCUGCCUGCCUGUCAGCAGCCUAGUGCAUCUUUUUUUGGGGGUGGGGGGUGGGGUGGGGAGAUGACCAGAGGCAGCCUCAAGCUCCCUCUUUGGGAAGCUGGCACCUUUGGCAGCCACGCUCUUCAGCCACCCAUUUGCUCGUGGUCAAGGUGGCUGAAGGGUACAAGGGUGUCAUCAUCACUACCUGUACAAAAAUCACGUCCUUUCUUCCCAGAGGCCAAAAAUCAAUAGCACACGAAUUCCUGCCAGGUUGAGAGGAAGGAGUCUCUAUCCCGAAAUGGGGUGGAAAAGGUCUUCUGGACCGUAACUUCUGAGCAGGCAUGAGUGGGAUUGUACUGUUAAAAACUUGUUUCUUGUUAAAAGUCUGGUUCCAGUAAUUAACAAAGAUGAAACUCCCCCUUUCUUUCUUUUUUCUUUUUUUGCAUGCUGUCAGUUUUACCAUUUCGGCCAUGUUCCAUUACCACCUCCCACUUGACUUAAUGGUCUAAAUUAGAAACUCAGUCCAGAGGAUAGUUUGAUACAGUAUGAGUAACAGUUAACAUGUUUGUAAUUAUUUUAUAGUUGCCUUUUUUCUACUAUAAACAAUUAUGCUUUCCUCUCCCUGAAUUAAUUUGUUGGGAAUUACCAUGCUACCCUCUGGUUCUAUAAUGCAGAUUAAAGUCCUCCUCCUGCCAAUAAACAUGCAUUGGGAAAGGGACUAGAAUUCAGCUCCUUUUUAUAACUCUUUAACCACCCUUCUUGCAAGUUGUGCUGUGCUUCAAAAGUUUCCAAACGUAUGUGAUUAAGCAAUCUCAUGUUUGAAUUAAGAGGGAAUUCUUUCUGUGCAUCAUGGUUGUCAAUAUAAAUUUGGAGUGUGGUGGUAGUUCUGGUUUACUCUGGAGCAGUAAUGUAUAACAAACUCUUCCACAUUAGCAGACACCUGUAUUCAAGAUUCGUUGUGUGGCGGAGAUACAUACAAUCACCAACAUUUAUCUGCUUUGUUUUUCAACUGACAAGAGUUUGAUAGAUUUCCCCUGAGUUUUAUUGCAUCUUUGUGGGUAAAAUAGGGAAUCUAUCUUUUUUUAAGUGAUUGUCAAUAUGGAAGCUGGGGUAAGGAGAUUAUUUCAAAUGAAUACUGAACAAAUGAUUGUGUACAUACCACAGGUUCAACAACAUUGGGUCUAAUAUAGAACAUAACAAGAGUCCUGCUGAAUUAGACCAAAAGCCUACCUAGACCAGCAUAGUAUUCUCACACUUUAUGCCUAUGGGAAGCCCACAAACGGGACUGAAGUGAAAUAGCACUUUCCCACUUGUGAUUUCCAGUGUAGGCAGAACAUAGCCAUUCUGGCAAGCAGCCAUUGAUAGGUCCUAUAUGGAAAGCUAUUGGUUAUUGUAAUGUAACAUGCUGUAGGUCAGCUGGCAGUAAGAAACCUCUGUUCUGAGUGUUGGGCUGCAGCUUGAUUUCUGGGAAGUCCCCUUCCCGCCUUUCAGUUGAGGCUUUGCACUCUUUCUGACAAGCAGCUUCCUUGUUAAUAUGGUAAUAACACUUUCCAUUCUCUUUGCCUGUGUCUUUGGGGUUCUGUUUCGCUUUUUUCUUCUAAAAUAGCCACUUUAUUCCAAAUCUUCCCCAAAUUUGUGGUUUGCUUUCUCAUUAAGUACGUACUUCAUUCUUAGAUACAGUUAGGCUUUAUUCUUGCAGCUACACUAUUCUUUAGCCAGAAAAAUUAAGUCAUGCUGAAAUAAUUUAGUUGGGUGGUGUGUGGCUUUCACUCUCUUCACUUUAGUUUGAAGAAACUGGACACUCUUUUCCACUUAGUUUUCACAACCUUCAUUUAAAAAACACCAUAAUAAUUGCAUGUGGCAAUGAUUUCAUGGUGUUGAAAUUUAAACCUUAUGUAAAUUGUUCUUCCACACGCUUGCAUGUACACGGCAUAUUAGUAUGCUAUGCAUAAUUUGAAAUGAAUUAUCAUGCUUUAUAUACUACACAACCAUUACUCGGAGAAAUGAAUCAAAAGAUUCAUUUUUGUCACAGUGAUCUAUAGCAUAUCAAUGCCCGUUUUUUUGAAGGAAAAACUAAAUUUCCCAUCUUGACAUUCUGUCUACCUGCUCAUUAUGGCAUAUGCAAUAGAAGUUUGUAAAGUAAUGUUUUUCACACAGCAUUCCAGUUUUGAAUACUGAAGUAAUUAGAUGAAACAAAAAAACGGGAAAACUUUGACAUUUAACAUGUGCCUUUCAAAUCACCUUGCAGGUGGGUCAGGAAAGCUAGCUGAUAAGGAAAGCAAGAUGAAAGCAAUCUUAUAAAGCUGGUUAAAAAUAUUCUCUAAAUAAUUUCAUUUAAAACUUCCUGCGUUGCAUUUGUGGGAUGAUGCCUUUGAUUGUCUUAAAUUAUAGCUUCUGAACAGUAUAUUUAACUCAUGUGUGAACUCUUGUGUAAUUGACUAUGUAAUGCUGGAAUCCGUUAUUUUAUAGAAAGCCAAAGGUGAAUAUAGUUAAAAAUGUAACUUGGAUUUUAGGAAAGCUGAUUUGAGUAAGCUCAGAGAAAUGCUAGGUAGGAUUCCAUGACUAGAUAUUACUAAAGAACAAUCAUAAGUGAGAGAAAGAAAUAGAAGACCUAUAAAAAAGUCAGUGUAGCUACACAAAAAAAGCUUAGUAAUCAGCUGAAAAUAAAAAGGACAUGCCUAAGACAUGGAAGGGGAGUAUGUCACAAAGAAUGUGUAGCUCAGCGUCAUGAGAUCAAUCCCAUGUCUUGGGAUUGUAGUCUGUUGCAAGCUGAACAUGAGUCAGCACUGGGAUGUGUAAGAAAGACUAAUGCAAUUUUUGGCUGUAUUAGUAGAACUGUGGUUUCCAAGUUGCAAUAGGCAAUGGCUCUGCUUUAUUCUGUGCUAGUCUAAUGUCGCCUGGAGUAUCGUGUCUUGCUCUGGGUGUCUUACUUUUUGAACAAGUUCAAAUGAGGGUGGUCAGGGGUUUGGAAAACAAGCGUUAUGAGAAAAAAGUUGAAGAAACUGCGGAAGAGGACUUCUGGCUCUCUUCUGUGUUGUCCAGGUAUUUGCAGAGACCUUAGGUUUGUUCUUUGCUUCCUCAGAGAGGAGGACUAGAUCUAAUGGGCUUAAGUUAGAGGAGGGUGGAUUUCAGCUGAGCAUUAGGAGAAAUUUCUUAUCAGAAACCCAGCAGUGGGUUAGUGGUCUUUGCAUUAUCUUUUUCUUGUGGGUGUUGGAAGAUUUUGUGAGACAAUUCGGGAAUAUUUUGUGAGCCUUACAGAUUGUGAUUGUGUGUAUUUUAUUAAUGGUUUUAUUAUUGUUAAGGGUAUUUUUAGAAGCUUUUGGAAUUUUUGCCUGUAUUUUAAUUGCCUUACAUUUUUACUUACAUAUUUUCAAAGUUUUUGCUUCUUUUACAAUAUUGUAGCUGCCAGUUUUAAACAAACCUGCUGCUUUUCACUCAUAGUAUUUAAAAGCAGUUGAUGGUUUAGUGCUAGAAACUGUAUUAGCAAAAAUGGAGUAAAAAUCCAGGUGUACUGGUAUAUGCUAUCAUCAUCUCUGGAUUAUGACUGUUAAGUGUAAAAUCUUUUAAAAUUUAUAAGACUGCUAUGUUGUGAACACAGGCUGAGAGUUAAAAUUACCUUUGGAUUCAGCACAGUCUUAAGUUUCAACAAUAUUCUGUCUAUAAAUUGUCGUUUUAAAGUUGACCGCUACCGCUUAUUUAUUCAUUUAUUUAUUUCAAUAUAGGAAAUUGGUGUGCAUUUGCAUCAAUAUGUCACUGUAUACUACUUUCAGUUUUUAUGUUGUUGUUGCUAAAUGUAAAGAUGCUAGCAAUGCAUUAUUUAACUUUGCAAAUAUUGCUCUGUUCUAGUUUCGUUGCUUCUGCUAAGAGAAACUGAAUAAAGCUUUAUUAUAAGCAACCAUGUUUAGUUGACUGUGUGGGAAAGGAAAACAGUUUCCUGCUUUGCUUUAAAUGAAGAAAAUAGAUCUGCUCCAAAGCAAGAAGCUCCUAUAAGCAAAAAACCCAUUUCAAAGUUGUUGUUUCGAGAAUCCUUAGCUAACAUACAGCUUGUAGAUCUGGAAAAUGGCAGUGUUAGAUCAGACCUACUGGAUCAGCUCAAUGAUCCACCUAGUCUUUGAAAUCUACAACCAGAGAGCAUGAAGGCAACAGCACCACUGUCCCAGAGACACACUGCCUCUGAACAUGAAAUAUGUUAAGCUGGUUCAUCACUUUUGAAACCAUUUAAACUAGUAGCCAUCACCAUGUCUUUGUGGCAGCAAAUUCAGUAAUCUUACCAUUCACUGUGUGGAAAAGUCUUUUCUUUUCUUUCUUUCGAAUCUGAUGCUAAUCAGAUUUAUUGGUGAGCCUGGGUUCUAAUGUUAUGAGAAAGAUUUCUCUAUCCACCUAGCAUAGAAUUUACUUUCCUCACUGCUACUGCAUAUUGAGUUGAUGUUUACCUGGAGCUGUCCUUCACAACCAUUUCCUGGACAGAACAUUCAAUGACUGUGCCUAUCAGUUAUGAAGUUGAGAUUUUGCUUCCCCCACCCCUACCCCCAGUUCCUUUGUACUUACAGUAAAUCUCGUUUACGUAUUUGUUGCUCAUUCAUCCAGUUUGAGGGGAGCUUCUUGGAGUUCUUCACUUACCAUAUUCUUAAUCAGUUUGUAUCAUCUACAAACCUGGCUAACACUGCUACAGUUGACACUCACUACAGUUAAUUAUAAAUUAAUUAAUAGUAGUUUAAAAACAGUGGACCCUAAUGGUUACUUCCCUCAGUUGUGAAAACUGACUGUUUCUCCAUAUCCUCUGCUUCCUGUUCUUCAGUUGGUGUCUAAGAGAAUCUGUUUGCCUUAGCUCAUGACCUCUAAGAUUACUUAGAAACCUUUGGGGGCUUGGUCAUUUUUUUUUUGGAAAUCUAAGUUUAUAACGUGUGCCAGAUUACUCCUCUCUAGGUGUUUGCUGACACUCAUAAUUUUUAGAAGGUUAAUGAAACAUGAGUUCUGUUUGUAGUAACUACAGUGCUUCUUCCUCAACAAGUCUUGUUUUUAAUAGUUUUAAAAAUUCUAGCUUGAGUAAUAACUUUCCACUCAUUUAGCUGUACUCCUAGCUUAACAGACCUUUAAUAUCCUGGUCACACUAUUGAUUCAUUUUAAAAAGUUGGAGUUAACAUUGAUUCAAUUCCAAGGCUGCUAAUAUUAGUGAUGUUGCAUAUUGUUGUUAGUAUAGUACUGAAAAUAUUCAUGGAAAAAUAGGUGUGACUAGUUACAGUGGUCUACACUGAGCCUCUUGGGCUUGCCGAUCAGAAGGUCGGCGGUUCGAAUCCCUGCGAAGGGGUGAGCUCCCGUUGCUCGGUCCCAGCUCCUGCCAACCUAGCCGUUUGAAAGCACGCCAAAAAGUGCAAGUAGAUAAAUAGGUACCACUCAGGCGGGAAGGUAAACGGUGUUUCCGUGCACUGCUCUGGUUUCGGUGUUCCCUUAGCCAAAAGCGGCUUAGGCAUGCUGGCCACAUGACCUGGAAAAACUGUCAGCAGCCUGUAAAGCAAGAUGAGUGCCACAACCCCAGAGUCAUCUGCGACUGGACUUUACCUUUACCCUUUUACAUAAAUACAUGAUUCAAACAUUCAGAAGUUUGUGUAACGUUAUGUAGACUUUGUCUCGUUUAAAAAAAUUCUGUUUUGGACAAAUAGAUCCCUUGUAUGAGGUUAAACUUGCAUAAACAGAUUGUAAGUAAAACGCCAAUAAAAUCGUGUAUUGUGGAAAUAGAUUUUUUUUUUAAAAAAAAAGGCACACACACGACAUUCACUUGAACAACAGGUUAUUUAUCUAGGUCGGGUGGGGGGCAACUUUUGGUCUACCAGGUGCUGUUGGACUUAACACCUGUCUGCCCCAGCCAGCAUGGCUAAUGAUGAGGAAUUGUGGGAGCUGUAGUUCCGCAACUUUUGGAGGGCUGCAAGUUGGCCACUUGUGAUCUAGAUUGUUUCUGUUGAAGGUUUAGGAAAUUUUAGUUUAAUGACUAUGAUAACAAAUAACCUGUCCUAAUGGAAUACAAUUUAUUUUUAGAAAUUCAUGUUGGAGUACAGUUGAAGAAUUAUGGGAAAUUUCUAGAGGCAUACACUUCCCAGCUGAAGCGAAUUGAAGAUGCAUUGGAUGACUCCGUAGGAGAUGUUUGGGAUUUUAAUCUUGAUCCCAUUGCAUUAAAUGUAAGCUUUUGUUUACUAUGCACUUGUCACUUAAUUCUGUUGUGUAAUUGAUAUCUGUGAUCUAAAGCUCUUUGGAAUAGGGUGUAGUGCUUUGCAUAGCUAUGCACAUGUAAAUCCCGUGUUAGUAAUGACCUCUGUGUGUGACUGGGUACAGGACUGUAGCCUAAAUGUCUUGCAUUCAGCUGCUUUCAGAAGAGAAGUAUUCCGUUUUAAACAUUGACCUGCUUUGCAUUUCACAAUAAACCAAACCAUAGCUUAGCACGAAUGCGCAAGCGUGUGGGCUCUAGGAGAAGAAAUCAUGGGUACCUUGCUCCUCCUUAGUCAUUCUGUUGCAAUAUAGAGCCAUUGCUUGGCUUAAUGUGUUCUGAAAACCUGGUCUUAUGGUUUAGCUCUCUCCAGACUAACCACACCCUGUAACCAAGGCUUGCCCUAUGGGUUAUGCCUCUUGUGUUGUUCUGGUCUUGCCCACCACUGGCAUGUGGUUCCUGGAAUGUUGCCUCAAAGGGAAUGUGGCUGCAAAGGAUUCCCCACCCCUGCACCAGACCAUCUCUCUCAUCCCAGUCAGUGCUGCCCUGCGAUGACUUUGGCACGGAGGAAAGGCAGGCUAGUAUGGGGUACCUGAGGAAUGGUCCCCUCCUAGAAGCCUAGGAAAUUGCAUUAUACCGAAUCAGGCCUGUGGUCCAUCUAGCUCACUGGUGUCUAUGCUGUUGGCUUUUGAAGACUUCAGACAGAGGUUUAUGUCCCAGCUCUACCUAGAGAUGCCAGAAUUGAACCUGGUACCUUCUUUGUGUUUUUGUUCAAUAGAGCCUUGCACUUGUUUGUCCCGUCCCCCCGAACAUAUAUUGUGUUUCCUAAGCUAAAAGUGGUUUAAAGAAAAAUGCAACAAAAUUUAAAAUUGAAGAAAAUAUAAAAACACAGGGAAUUAUUGUUGUUGCUAUUAUUUAUACCUUGCCUUUUCCCUUGAUAAGGGACUCUAGGCAGCUUACAACUAACACACAAACAGCAAAAAACGGGGGCGGGGAGAAGCAAACAUAAAAAACCCCAAUUAGGUGUGUGUGUGUGCUCGCGCGCCAUUGAAUUCCACUCCAGGCUCAAGGCUUUUUAAAUUUGCUGAGGGGAAGUGGAGGAGCAGGUGCCCCUGUUGAAUCCUCUCAUCUGUUGGUGGUCUUUUCAGGAGAAGUUUUUAUGAGCUGUGUGACUUUAAAAAACAAAACCCUAUGCGGUCGUAAGAAAUCAUUAUGGAAAAACCUAUAGAGUUGGGAACAUGGACUAGAAAUCAUGGUUAAUUUAGACUGGGAGCCAAAGUUUUCAUGAUCUUCUGGUGGCAGCUCCUUGUGCAUUCCAAGGUCCCUCAAAUUUCUGGAACCCUGAAGUAAAAAAACACCUAUGGCUACCAUAUGCUCUGUGUGUGUUCAUGCACACAUGUGCAGAAGUGCUUUGCAAAUUGGAUAGUCAUAUCUAGGGUAAAGUAAGUAUUUUAGUAAUUAUUUACAGUAUGUCCCAGUAGGUGUGGCUCCUUCGUUGAUACGAAAAGUAAUAAUAAUAAUAAUAAUAAUAAUAAUAAUAAUAAUAUUUUUUAUUUAUAUGCCGCCCUCCCCAGCCAAAGGCCGGGCUCAGAGUGGCUUACAAGCAAUAAUAAAAACAAGUUGAAUGAUUACAACUAAAAACAAAAUUAAAAUACAACAUUAAAAUAUUGAAACAUUAAAAUAUUAAAAUGUAGCCUCAUCGCAGGAGGAGAAGGAAAGGAAAAAAGAAAGAGAGGGGGGGAAUCAAAUUGGCUCCAAUUCAAAGGCCAGGCGGAACAACUCUGUCUUACAGGCCCUGCGGAAAGAAAUCAGAUCCUGCAGGGCCCUGGUCUCAUGAGGCAGAGCGUUCCACCAGGCCCAUAAGUACAAAUGGGACUUAAGCCUUCCAGGAAACCAUACGUUCCUGUUACACUAAAAAACAAAAUUAUUGUUAUUAAAGAAAGUUGCUCUUGAAAAUCUCUUGACUUCAUUUCUGGCAGAGUACAUGAGUCUCUGAAGGCGAGUAAAAGUGCCUAGUGGUAUCUAGCUAUGGGCUUGUUUAGAAAUCAUACAAGUCAUUGUAUGCUAGAUCUUUUCCAUGCGAUAGCCGUCGUUUAGUUAAUAUGUUUCUAAAAAUAACAUUUGAAAAAGAUCUUGUAGUUCUGCUCUGUGUGGUUCCUCCCCCUCCCCCAGAGGAGUUGAACAGGGUUUGUUUGUUUGUUUGUUCUUUUCUUUUUAAGCAAACAAUCUCUGUUACUGCCUUUAUCAUAAUUUUUUUAUAUAUAUAUAUAUAUAAUCCGCCUGUAUAUUUGCACUUAAGAUUUUGUUUGAAACAGCUGUGUCAACUGUAAUUGGACAUUUUAGCCUAUUCAGUAAUGUGGCAGGUCUCUGGCUUCCUAAAAUCACCAAUUAUUUUGUUUUAUUUUAGCUUUUGCCUUAUGAACAGUCUUCCUUACUCGAACUCAUAAAUACGGAAAACAAGGUAAAGUUCUUAAUUUUAAAUAUGUAUUACAGAAACCUUUUUACUCCAUUCUUCAGCUGAAAAGGCUUCUAGAGCAGUUUACAUAAUAUCAGCAACAAACAGCAAAGUUCCUGUCUCCAGACUUACAACCUAAAACACACCAAAAAGGGAAAUAAUCGGAAAGGGAGGAGGAAAAAAGGGAACUCAGGCACGUGUUCUUCUAAUAAUCAGCUUGAAUGGAAAUAUUUUAGGGAGAGAAUGUGCUAAAUGUAGCUAGCCCUGGCCUGACCCCCAUCUCUCCCUUUGCUGUAGAUAUAGAUAGAUAGAUAGACAGACAGACAGACAGACAGACAGAUAGAUAUUGCUGUAAAUGUACUAAUAUUUAGCUUUUCUAUUUCAUUUAUCCAGGUUCUAAACAAAGUAAUCACUGUGUAUGCUGCCCUUUGCUGUGAAAUAAAAAAGUUAAGAUAUGAGGUAAAUAUCUCUUCAUUUUGCCAACUACAAACUGCUUUCUAGAAACUAGUUUAUUCACCUUCUAUAUUAUGACUUCUUAUUCAAGAGAAAAAAAUCUUUUCUUUGUUCCUAGGCAGAAACAAAAUUUUAUAAUGGCCUCUUGUUUUAUGGAGAAGGAGGUAAGUACUUUACAGUUCAGUCUGCUGUUGGUUGGAUUUCUUGCACAUCAUUUGCUACGAGGUCCCAGGAUAGGUUAGAAUAGGGUGGGUUCUCUCAGGGUUCACUGGUGCAUCUUCAGCCUAUGGUGAAAGCUAUACAAUGGCAAUACUAGAUUUAUCUCUGUGAGUAGGGUGUUCCACAAGCUAGGAACUGUUACUAGGUAGGGUGAUGGUGGGGCGUGAUGGUGGGGCCACAUCACCCACCACUUCCAAACACCUGUUCAUUUGCAAUGACCAAGCCAGGAGGUGUAUGAGAGAGGAGGAAUUUCCUCUUCUGCUCCCCAUAGCAUGGAUCAUCUUUCUUUCUUCGCCACCACUGGUUCCACCACUGGUGGAAUUACUAUCCCAAAAUCCAGGCUAGCAUGAUUUUUUUUUGAGUGGUGGGGAGGCAAACAUAGAACCUCAUGAACUGACAAAAAGGCCUUGGAUCCAGUGUCCUUUGCUCCCCCAGUAAUGCCUUAUUCAGUGCCUAAAAUGUGCUACUGACGGUGGUAGCUCUAUUCAGGAGCAUAGCCCUUGCAGUGGAUGUGCCCAUCUGCUUUCAAAACACUUCUCUGCUGGGGCUCUGCACAUCAAGGUUGCUGUGCCCAUCUUGCUAAUAUGUGAAAAUUCUUCUUUGGUUAGUUUUGAAACCAAAUUUGAAGCCACAGAUAACAACUCACCUUACCUUUAAACUGUUUGAGCAUUUGGCAGAGUUGCUUAAACAGUUGCAAAAGAUAAAUGUUUGGCUUCUGUUGAUACAGCUCAAUGGCAGCGUGAUGUGCAAGGUCAAUAGAAUUGGUAUGUCCUUGGCCAGGAUUCAAGACAGGUGUGGACGGCCUUGCCACUCAUACACAGAGACUUUUAAGCUCCACUCUUGAAGUGGCUGCCCUCACAAAAAAAACCCAUCUCAAUUUAAGGAACCCCCUUUGGAUUGGGACUCAGUGAAGUAUGAGGGGUUUCUGUCACAUGGAGGUUUUUUUUCUUUUCUCCUGGGUGAACAGUCUGCUUCUGCAUGGGGAUGGUCUGGCAGUAAUGAACUGAUAUAUCUAAUUGAUGAAAGUGCUCAGUUCUGAGUAGUUCUAUUUGAAGUAAAGCUUAAUGAGUUAGUGGUGUUCAAUAUGUGGUCUGUUAGCUAUAUGAACAAUCACAGGCCAUAGGUAAGAUAGAUUUUGAAUACUGUCUGCCAGAACCAAAUUGUAAUUCUUUAGUGGAAGCUUUAAUGCCAACAUAGAAAGCUGCUAACCCAUAAGAAUGGUUUUUGCUAAAAUACUGAGGGUGCUUUGAAGAGGAAGUCAUGAGGGACCUUGAUCCAUGCUGCCUUUGUGUUCAAAGAAUGUUACUGCCAAAAUGGAGAGGAUGUUGAGCCCAGAAAUGGCAGUCACCCGAUCACAUCCUUUUGGGCAGUUUUGCAUAGUUUCUUCUGCUUAGGGAAAAGCUGCUGUCUCCUUUCUUGCACCAGUAUGAUGAAUGAGAUCACAUUGCUAUGAGAAUCCUUUGAAGAUUGGCUCGUUCAUGCUUUGAAGGAGGAAGUGGCCUUCCGAGGUUGUAGGAUACAAGUUCCUAUAGAACUAGAGUCUAGUAACUGUUUCUAAUUUAGAUAGUAAAAGGAAAACUUCUAGUAUGCAUUAGCAGUAAUAUUCACAAAGGAUGAAAACUGUUAAUGACCUUUCAGGAAAUAAACUUUACCUUAAAACUGAAUUCCUGGAAGAUGCUGCUUCUCAUAUGCUGUGCUUGUAUUUAAAUCCUUUUUGAAAGAUACAGUGAUGUGCUGCCAAAACUAAAACAAGGCACUUCUGAUUUUCUUCCUCACUGGCAGGAAGCAAAGAUUGCUGUAGCAGCUGCAAGACUCACAUUUUUAUCAGUAAUCCCCCCCCCCCCGACUCUUUGCAUACUAAGCCAUUUAGAUAGAGCUGGGAAAUUUAGUAUCAGGCAGAGUACCUCUGUAACUUGUGCUCAGGGAGAAUCUUCGUUAGGUGUGUUUCCUUCCACCAUGGGGAUGCAGUGGUGGGAAAAGUCAACGUGUGAGAAGCUCCCACAUGUACUUUGCCAUAUGAGCAUAUAACAGCAAGCCCUGAUUGCCAGUGGCUCCCCAUCACACAUAAACAAGAUGUACAGGGCAGUGAAUCUGACAUGACAUACUCAAAAUCCAGUGAACGUACUCACGGCACCUGCUGUUGUAUACAUUAGAUGCUUGGGCUUUUCUACACAGAAAUAAUCUCCACUAAGAAAUUUGUCAUUUGCUAAAUGAUUCUUAGGGAUUUGGGCCACAAAAAGUAUAUGAUCGUUUGGCAAACAUCCAGUCAAAUAGACCCAGCUUAUGCCUGUCUACAUGAACUACCUUCUGAAGAUAUUUUUAAAAAAAUUCUCUGCUGUUUCUUCUUUUUUGAUAGAUAAUAUUGGUAAUCUUUAUGUGGGGUGGUGGUAAAGUAGCAUUUAAACAUGAAGUGAGCAUUUUCUAAUAAAUCAUUCAUUUGGAAUCCAUUGAUGAUGCAUAGUUUUGUUGUAGUAUAUUUUUAAUUAUGACUAAAAAAAACACCCUUUGCCAUCUUAAGCGUCAUUAAUAGGUAAACGAUGUGUUUUCUAAUAUUCCUGUAACUCUCAUUUUACCUUUCAAGCUAUGGAUUCCAGUAAGGUGGAAGGUGAUGGCCAAAUACAAAUGGGAAGAUUUAUUUCAUUUUUACAGGUAACACCUGGGACAUAGUUCUGCAACUUCUAUGGUAUUUUUUGUGCUGAUCAAUAGACUUCAUAAUCAUUUGCUUCUAAAAUGUUUGCUAUACCACAGGCUUUUAGUGGAUUAGAGUCAAUGCUAUACAGUUGUCACCAGUUGUGUUGCUUAUACUGUCACAUUCACUCAAGUCUUUUUGCCCCUGUGUAGUCUCUGGUCACCUCAUUUUUUAAAGUUUCAGUAGCAAUUCAAGCUGCUGUUAGGAAAAGUCUAGCAGUGCAAGUAUAAGUACUUGAGUCCAGCAGUGGCGCCACCACUUUUUUUAACAUUUCGAUGUGACUGUUAAAGAGUACCCAAUGUGACUAAAAUGCUCUACUAGCACAAGUUUUGAAGUUGCUAUUUUAAAACCAUUGAGAUGGAUCUAGACUACCCAUGCCCAGAACUCUGCCCAAAGUACAUUCUGCUGAAGGAAGCAGGAUGUAUUUUCACCAUGCCUUUCCCAAAAGCUGUUCCAUAGGGUUGUGGGACCCACCCAAGUAGUGUGGAUGAAAGCAAAGGGAGAAUUAGUGAAGAUUGGCCCCUUUCACCUGUCAGGAGCACUUCUGUUCAGAAAAUAGCAAGUCUGAAUGCCACCCCAAGAUGUGAAUGCUUGCUUAUCUGUGGCCCUUUAAUAACCUGGGGGGGGGGAUGAAAAGAAAGGGAGUGGAUUUUGAGUUGACAUACGUAUGCCAGGGAAAGCGUUCAGCCACUGCUCAUCUUCAACCCCCUUUCUGCUGGUCCCCUGCUCAAGAAUUUAAUUUCUUGUGUUUUUGUCCCUAGUGAUGGUGGAAGGAAAUUGCAGAGCUACACACAGUAUGCUUGACCUUCAGAUACAGAAUAAGACUAGUUGUGUUUCCUGCUAGAAGUAUAUUGUUUGAUUUACUGAAUUUCAAGAGAAACAUUCUUUAAAAUAGCUAUUAGUUCAAGAAACUUUGAAAAUAUUGUUUCUGGUGGAAAGAAACCAACCACUACAGAAUAUUUUUUUAAAAAACUGAAAGCAGGAUCUGAAUUGCUCAACUUCCUAUGUUUUUUACAAGUCAUGUUGUUGUGCCUGGCAUAAUUUCAACAACUGGUGAUUGCGAUGGCUCAAACCUUGUCAUUUUUCUGUACACAAUGUACUUCUCUUAAAAUAAGAGGGGAAGAAUGGUUUUUGAUAAGUUUUGAUUCGUGCUAAAACAGGCUAAUAGCAGUUUUUUCUGAAAACCCUUUUAUACAUCUGGUGUCUGUGUUUAGUAUAGGUACCGUAUUUUUCUGUGUAGAAGAUUAGGGUGUUUUUUUUUACUUUAAAAUAAGGUUAAAAAUCUGGGGCAUCUUAUACAUGAAUAGUGCAUAUGCCCAUUUUCUAAAUUUGGGGUCCCCAAAAGUAGGGAGCGUCUUAUACAUGGGAAAAUACAGUAUAUUGUGACCUUUUUGUAUUGGAUCAGAUUGUUAUUACAUGUGUGAACUUUGCUGUCUAUUUUGUUGUUUCUUCAGCUUGUAAGCUUUGUGUAUAGUAAGGCGGUAUAUAAAUUAAAAGUGAAAUGAAACGAGAUAUCUUUUGUGUUUCGCCACCUUUUAUUUUAGAGACACAUAGGUUUAGGUGAUCACUUUUUGGAUAGCUCCCUACUGUUUCACCUGAUAUUGUCAGGAGAAUUUCCAGAGAAUCUAGAUUAAAAAAAAUAAAAUCCUGCUUUCGUUUUGCAUUCUUCUAAUACAUGAGACUAUUAGUGGUUUCCAGUGGAUAGAAAAUGCUGACAUAGUAAUUGUUAAUGUUUCUCCAGUGUGAGUUCUCAUUUACUGUUGGUCACUUUCCUGCUACAGAGCCAGUAAAAGUAAACAUUCUUUUGGUACAGCUGUUGCAUAACUGAUGAGGUCUUAUUCACCAUUCCAGACAUUAAUCUGUUUUGAAAUUACACUGCCUAUUAGUUCUUAAUAUUGUCUAGACUACUAAUAAGCACUACAAUGGCAGUAUUUAGGAACUUUGAAUAUUUUUUCUCUUGUUUGUGAUUGUGACAGGUUGGGUUUUAAUAGAGUGUUCAAGUGUUUCAUUACAAGACUGUUUUGCUACAUUAACUUCCCUAACUAAUCCAUGGAUAAAUAAUCUCAUUUAGUGUGAAAGGGGUUUCUAAUCUGUACAAAAUUUGUCAUUUCAGGAGUUGUCUUGUUUCGUGACACGCUGCUACGAGGUCGUGAUGAAUGUAGUUCAUCAGUUGGCUGCCCUUUAUACCAGUAACAAGUAAUUACUGCAAAAAAUACUAUCCUUUAAAUUUACUUGUUGAAAAUGCAAAUGAAAAAAAUACAGCAUGUUGAUGUGCUUCUUAAAUUUUGCAGAGUUGGGGAGGAAAUAUGGGAUGUGUGCCUGAAAUAUGGGAUGUGUGCAUUGUUAAAAGGACACCUGUCUGUUUUGGGAUGUAAACCAUGGUUGUUUUGGAUUAAUGAGUAUUUCCAUUUGAUGUUCCAUUUGAAGUCACUAGCUACUGCAGGUGUUCACUUCUGAAUAAUUAGCUCUUUUACUAUCACAGACCUGUACAACUUGUGACCUACCAAACUGAAUGCCAGUUUCUAGUGAUUGCAGCCUGUAGGGCACAAAAUAAAUUCAUGUGGCUGAUGAUAGCCUGGCAGAGUGAAAACCCGUGUGUGUAGGACUUGGCAUAUAUGACCGCUGGACUGUGUUCAGGUUUCUAGGCCAAAACUUGGACAGGCCUAUUUAGCAAUACUUAAUGUGAUUUAUCACUUUGAUUCCAGUAUUUCGGGUUCUCAAGUGAUCAUUUUUUAAACCUCUUGCGUGUUCAAAACUAACUACUGUGUUCGGCUUAUUUAAAAGGUCUGGGGACCUUAGGGUAAGGGGAGAGUAAUAAAUACGUUAAUAAUAAAUAAAUAAUAAAAGCAUGAGGCUCUAAAAUGUUUUUGUUAAAUGGUGUGAAAUACAGUAUUUUGUGUUUCAGGAAUGCACCUAAAGUUAUAGAAACAUCAGGAGUUCAUUUUCAGGUGAGAAUUCUGUAGGGAUUUUGACUUGUUAUGUUGCAUAACUUGGUAGGUUCUUUACCUGGGAGUUUGAUAUCUGGAUAUCUGCCUUACUUGGAAGCAUUUUUUAAAAAUGAAAUAAAUCUAAAAAUAUUAUAAUAAAAAUAAAUUGUGCUAGGUUCUUUAAUAGGCUAAGGACACCUGAUUCCUUCAGGGAUCUCUUCUUGCCAGCUAGGCUUACAGUACAGCAUAGUGUAGUGGUUUUCAACCAGUGUGCCGUGGCACCCUGGGGUGCCCUGAAUGAUGUUCACAGGUGCCACGGGCAACACUGUCCUCUGUUCCUUCCCUCCCUUCUUGGAUGCCCUCUUAUGUCUCUGUCUCCCCAAGGCUUGCACAGCUGUUUGUUGUAGCAGCCCUGGCUACAAGCUCCCUAGGCAAGUAGUGCCUCUGGGGCUGGUCAGGGGUUGCUGGUUGCCAGGAGCUGAGGCAGCCCAGGAGUAAGUAAGCAAACAAGCAGGCGAGGGAGCCUAGCCAGGCAGUCUGCCAGCCCUUGCUGUUGGGAAUGGGCAAACAAGUCCCAGGCAUGUGAGGAAGUGUGAGAAGGCACCUGUCUUUGGGAUGGGGUGGGCAGCUCAGAGACCAGCGGCGGCGGCGGCUGCCCAGAGGAGGCUGAGGGAACACUCUACAAGGGAGGGUGCUGGAAAAGGGUGAGGGGCUGCCAGCCCUUCAGGCAAGGGGAGACAUAACUGGGCUCCUGAGCCCCACAGGGGUGCCGCAGAAAGAAUGUAGAUGGUUAAGGGAGCUGUGGAUUCAAAAAAGUUGAAAACCUCUGGCAUAGUGAAUAAAAUAUGUAAUAAAAACUAUUGUUAUGGUCCUGUACAUCUCAAGAACACCAACCCUAUAUAAUAAUUUUCUUGGGGACACUAUCCUAAUCAUAUAUACUCAGUGGUACCUCCCAUUGAGUUCAGUGGGACUUACUUCCAGAAAAGUGGGUAUAGGAUUUCACUCUAAAUCCAGGAUAUAUACCUUUUCAAACAGGCUAUGUAUGAGCAUCUGGGAGAACUGCUGGCAGUUUUACUUACCCUGGAUGAGAUAAUAGACAACCAUGCUACCCUGAAAGAGCACUGGACUAUGUACAAAAGGUAUGUGGAUAAAUUCUUACAUUUAUUUCCACUGGUACUGUAGAAAAAUAAAAGUAGCAUCAAUACAGUGGUCACUUAAACAGAUGUUGAUGCUUCACCGCACCUUUUCACUAGUGUGUGUUUUGCAACUCUGGUAUUCAGGCCUUAAUUUCCUGUAUUUUGCCACCAACCAGAGCAACAUUAAGCUUUUAUUGCAUGUUUCUAAUUAUUCCUACAGUGACCAGCUGAUGUGAACUGUUGUUAAAAUGCUCAAGCGUGUGAUGGUUCAAUCAAUCAAUCAAUCAAGGUUAACACCCUUCACCGUAAUUAGGAAAGCAUUUUUCUUCUUCAUUAAUCCCCUGGGAAUAAUGGUAAUCAUGGCAUAGUGCAGUCCCAAAUGCCUUGUGUCCCAGAAGUGUAGCUGCGCAGUCAAGGCCACUGAUUGAAGUUGUGCCAGGGCUUUUUUGUAAACGAAACAAGCAAAAAUCUUAGGUCAGCUCAUAUUAUUCAAAUAUGAUAUUAUCCCCCCACAUCAUUCAUAAGUAUGUGAAUACAAAGUUUGCUCCUCCAGAUUAUUCCUCCUAAAUAAUUCCUUCCAUCCCGUACACAUUUAGGAAUGUUGAUUUUCUUUUAAAUAGAUUUUUUAUUUUUUAUUGCUUUAUUAGGUUACUAAAAUCUGUCCAUCAUAACCCUUCUAAAUUUGGAGUGCAGGAAGAUAAGCUGAAGCCAUUUGAAAAGUUGCUAUUAAAACUAGAAAACCAAUUACUGGAUGGGACGAUAUUCCAGGUAACAUAAUAAAUAAUAGAGCUUAUUUCUUAAUAGAGUUCAGAUGUGGUUUGUAAGAUUUAUGGAGUAAAAUGUUUCUUUUCUGAAAAUGUCAUCGCUUAAUUGGUGUGUUUAAAUUUUAAAUGGUAUGCUGUUGGUAUCCUCUCCUCAGUUAUUUAUCUAAUAUAUUCUGACUGGGAGCCAAAGAGCUACUUUAGGUGCACCCAAGAGCUUGCAUAUACCAAGUGCAAUUUUUGAUCAGUUUUCUUUUAAAAGCAUUCCAUAUUGCAAAUCACUUUUGAAACUUCCCUCAGAUUAGAAGCAGCUUGCUAAGUGGGGCAGAGAGCUACAGUUUGGAAAAAGGAAAAAGGAAAGAAAAAAAUCAAGGCACACAGAAUUAUUUGGGAGACAUCCACUUAUGGACUUUCUCCUGUGCUCUCUUCUCCUUUCUUCUGCAGCCCUCACAGAUCUCCUCUAGUGGGUUGGAGGACCCUCCAGACCAUAUAUGAGGGGCAUGUAGGGAGCUAUGAAGGAGGAGAAGCAGGAGAUGUCCAUUGCAUAAGCAAAUGCCCUGUACAGUGGAACCUCGGGUUGUGAACGUGAUCCGUGUGAGAGGCACGUUCGCCAUCUGCAGCAUUCGCAACCCACAGUACUGCUUCCGCGCACGCAUGGGUUGCGAUUUGGUGCUUCUGCGCAUGUGCAAAGCACCGAAACCCGGAAGUAACCUGUUCCGGUACUUCUGGGUUUGGCGCGGUGCUCAACCCGAAAACUGUAACCUGAAGGGUCUGUAACCCGAGGUACCACUGUACUAUAUUUCUAGAAUCAGUCAAGUUGCAGCUGAGUCUUUUUUGUGAUCUGUAGUAAAAGUAUCAAAAGUUUUAGAUGCCUCCUUUGUUGUUACCUUAUAUACAAUUAACAGUAACGUUUCUUAUUGCAGAAAUAAGCUUUUAAUAAUUUUCUUAUAAUAGUAUUUACUAUGUUAGAAAAGUGCUUGGGUUUUAUUUUAUUGUACUUUGAAAUUAACUGCUACUUGUAUUGAAAUUAAUGGUUACUCAUAUUGGUACUUGUACUGGGCUCAGCUGACAAUUAACAGUCAACGAAUCAAUCUUAAUCGCCUUUUGAUUAGAUUUUCAGUAUGGUUUCAUUUGAACUGAACACUCCCCAAAUAAAGCACAACUAGCCAGUUGAAAUGUCUCCAUCAUGGAAUUCUGAUUGAUUUGCAAUCAUCUAUUAAUAUGUUGUGCUCGUAUUCUCCAUGGCACUAAUGUUGUAAAUCACUCUUUUUUCUCUUGACCUCAUUCAGGCCUGUAUAGAGCAACAAUUUGAUUGCCUCAAUGGUGGAGUGUCAGUGUCGAAGAACAGCACUUUUGCUGAGGAGUUCGCACAUAGUAUUCGCACAAUUUUUGCAAAUGUUGAAGCUAAGCUUGGUAAUGCAAGAUGGAUUUUUUUCUUUGCAUUGACAUUAUUGUUUGUAAAAGUUGUUAUAUUGUUUGUCUAGUGGCAGACUUCAAAACUAUUCUUUUCUGUGUGUAUUUGUACAAGGUGAACCCUCAGAAAUUGACCAGAGAGAUAAGUACGUAGGAAUUUGUGGGCUGUUUGUACUGCAUUUUCAGAUUUUUCGGACAGUAGACAAGAAAUUUUACAAAUCGUUACUGGACAUUUGCAAAAAGGUGAAGAUUUUGUAAUUUUCCUCUAAUAAUUAAAUUUCACAAACAACAUAAAAAUAAAAACCUCUUAUAAAAAUAUAGUAACAGUAUCUAGUUACAAGCUCUCACUAGUAACUCCAGCUUUAAAAUAAUUUAGCUAGGGUUUUUUUCUGUUUUCAUAGUUUCCAUUUGUUGUCCUUUCUGAAUAACAAUUAUGUUUUGUGUACAGCAAAGGAACCGACAAUAUGUUAUCUUUAUAGUACUCGAGUUGCCUUGUCAAUGAAUGUUGCAAUAAUUUUAUUGUGGUCAAAAACUGCUAUUUUUGCCAUUAAUUGCAAGUGUGUGAUUUGGGCAGCUAUUGCCUUUGAUAAUGGUCCUAUUCAUGUGUUAUUCACAUGUAGGAUAUUGCUGUGAUUACUUGGAGCAGGGCUGCUUUUAGUUCCACCUCUUAAUGCUGAGUCUCCUUCCUCAAACAGCCACACAUUUUGUGCAGUUGUUUGAAGAAAACCCCUAGCAUGUGAACGCCUGCUCACAUUUAGGGCCUAGUCACAAUUAGGACCCCUGGUUGCACAUGUUGGGGUUUAUCUUUGGUCAGCUGCAGGCAGUGCAUGAUGGUUUGAGGAAGAAGAUGAGGAACUGGAAGUAUGGCCUUGGUCUCAUUAGUUACUGCAAUGUCCUGCAUGUGAGUAAUGCACGGGCUAAUAACCACCAUAAACAGUCCAAUCUUAACCACGUUUACUCAGAAAUAAGUGGUGCUUCCUUCAAUGCUUCAAAAUAAAUUUGCCCAGAAUUUCAGCUUAAAUGAAACAUUGAGAGGUACACCUGUUUCUUUUCAUCCUUGCUCUGACAUGGGCAUAGAUGCUGUAAGCCACCUUUUUAAAAAAAGCAAAACUGUUCUAUCCAGGGAUUUAGCAGUGAUUGCACUAAUCUCUUUUUAUGCCCAUUCACUGUUGAAGUAGCAUGCACUGAAUUGGUACAGUUGUCAUAGCUGUUCUAGUUGCUCUGGUACUCAAGGAAUGAAUCCUAAGAUGCUAUGGACUGUGUGUAGCUUAGUUCAGUCCCGCUACGCCUCCUCCUCCUUAAUCUCCGAAACAUGUUCUGAUAAUUCUGUUCCCUGUUGGUGCUGCAGGGUGUAGACUUGGCAGCAGAGCCUAAAAUCCUAUGCAAACAUUCAUGUGAAAUGAAGUGAGAUUACUUAAAACUGGGCUUAGAACUGGCCUGCUAUGUAUGUAUAUCUUGAAAUACCUAUAGGACAAUCCUACAUAUGUGAAUGUGGUGUAGCAGUUUUCAAUAUCAAGUCUAAUAUGAUAUCUUUCUCUCCCCACCCCCUCCAUCCUUCAUCCAAAUGUUACUGUUGCUGCUCCAGGUGCCAGCUAUUACACUUACAGCUAAUAUCAUUUGGUUUGCUGACAACUUUCUCAUUCAGAAGGUGCCAGCUGCUGCCAAGCUUCUGGACAGGAAGAAUUUUCAUUCCAUUAAAAUACACAGAGAAACUUUUCUACAGCAGAAGGCUCAGUCACUUACCAAGUAAGGUUUGAAAAGUAGGGAGCUCUCCCCCCCCCCACCUGUAUGGUUCUUACUCUGUAAAUCAAAAAUAUUUGUAAACAGAAAAAAUAGGAGCUAAUUGACAUUCCUGUUCUUUUCCAGUUAUGAAAACAUCCAAGCACCCCUCUUUUGGUGGGGAUUUUAUGUUCCAUGGCCAUUGUGUCCAGAUAAAAGUAUUCAGGAAUAGGGUAUUAAAUUCCAAUGCUGAAGACAUGUGCUUUAUUCUAUUGAAUAUUCUAACCUAUUUUAAUAUUAUAUAUUUAAAUGGUUUUAAGCUGCCCUGUGAAGGGUAGGUAAGAAAUCUAAAUAAUACAAAAAAUAAAUUGUUACGCUGGCUCAGUUUUGUGUUUUAUUUAAAGCCUGAUAUAUUCACCUUGGAUUAGUCAAGCUCACCAAGCAGUUAAUUUUCAGGAUAAUUUACACUGGCAGAAAUUUGGCAUGUCAAAUUGUGAUUUGCUUUAACCAUAAUUCAAAACCCAAAUCAUUGUUUGGCUGCUAUUUUUCAUACAAGCACUCAGCUUCGUAACUUGUCUCCAUGGCCCAACAAUCCCUUAAAGAAGAGUGAUGGCUGAAGUUAUGUUGGGCAUUGUGCCAAAUCAUAGCAUAAACCUGUAACAAACUAUGGCUCUUGACCCAUUGCAAACAAUGGCCUGUCAAUUCAGAUGUUUAAAACCACAGCUCAGCUUCUCUAACAUUGGUUAAAGCUGUAUCUGACUGAACCAUUACAUAACCAUUACUUGUUUUCUCUCCAGAGAGAUGCAGUCAUAUUACGUUUUCGUGAGCUCAUGGAUGAUGAAAAUGGAAUCUAUUUUGUCAAAGGAACAACAAAUGGAUAAGUUUGCAGAAGAUCUCACUAAUAGGUGCAGCGUUUUUAUACAGGUGUGUUCUAGGUUCCAAAGCAACAUGGCUGGAAAAUGCUGCGAUAUAUAUAUAUAUAUAUAUAUAUAUAUAUAUAAGAGAGGGAGGGAGGGAGAGUUAACUUUAUAUUUCUUGAGUACCAUUUACUGAAGAAGAAACGGCUGAAACGGUCUAUUACUACAAUUGCUUACUAAUGAAUGUAAGGUUAAUACAUAUAGUAAUUUCUUUAUAUAGCCUAAGUGAAUAUAUUUAUUUAUGACUGGCAUUAUCAAAUUAAAUUUUGCUAGCUCACUCUGCAAUUUUCAAACUUUUGCUUCACAGAUUAAUAGGCUUGGUUCAGAUAUGAUUCCUAUCACUGGCUUGAUGCUGUGUGGAAAAAGUACUCUUUGUCACCCCACACUGAUCACUGCACACACUUACUCAUGUGACAAACCAUAGUUUGCUGUCAUAUCUGAACUGAUAAAUUAUGAUAUAAUUUUCUUGGUUGUAGAAUAAGCACAAACCAGAGUUUCCCUUUUUUGGAUGUAACAGGCAACCAUGGUUUCCUACAAGAGGAGGGAAGCCCUAGGCUCAUUCCAGACUCGUUCAUUUAAUGCUAAACAAUUCUACAUUGCAAUGUCUCAACCAAGCCAUCUUCUCAAACAGGGAAAUAGGGGUUCUGUUUUGUUUCCCUAUAUCAGUAAUAUUUAACGUAUUUAUACUCCACUUUUCCCCCAAGUUGAGAUUCGCUAGCGAAAGCUCAGAGCUUUCCACAUUAACUUGUGUGAGAAGCUUUAUCAGGCUUCCCUGCUUGCUGUGUAACAAUGGGGAGUGAAGGUUGGUGGAGUCAGCCUUGUGGUAUUCUAGAAAAGGGACUACCAAGGAAGGAAUAAAAUCACUUGCAUUGUAGAAAUCGGGAAAUCGAUUAAUAGUUCAUGUUUCAGUAGGUUGGUGCUUGUUUACUUCUAAUUCCAUAAUGUUUAAUUCAAUUGUAUAUUGAACAGCUGUAUUUGUGUGUGAUAGAACUGAUUUUGGACACAAAAAAAUAUUUAUGAUGCAGUAGAGAUGUAAUGGUGAUUCACGUUCCCCUCCCAAUUUAUCUCUAGGGGUUUCUGUACGCUUACAGCCUUAGUAACAUCAUUAAAACUACAAUGAAUCUGCACAUGUCAAUGCAGAAGCCAAUGACUAAAACCUCAGUGAAAGCAUUGUGCAGGCUUGUGGAACUUCUCAAAGUAAGUUGCAAUAUUCAUCUCCUUGGUGACCCUAACAUUUGCAGUAGUCCUUUUGCAGGUGUGUUACGACCUGCGUGCUUUAAUUUAUGAGCUGGAAAGAUGGUAGACAAAAUAUAUAAACAAUGAUUCAGGCAAAGUAUACUUAUCUAAAUGGUUUACAUCUCUCCAGAGCCAUACGUUUUGUGUCUCUAAGUUGUCUUUAUUUGCAUCUUUUCUGGGUAAAAUAUAUUUACUGUAAUUCUGAAACCACUAUAGGUCAGGUUCUCAAAAUAGGGUGCCUAAGCUGAAGUUCUGUGCUAAUACAAUUGAUACUCCAUUUGUGGAACUCCUGGAGAUAUGCUCACCCCCCUCAGUAUUGUCAUUUUGGCACCUUUUGAAGACACUUCAGAGAUAGUUUAGGUAUUAGGACUGACUAUGUUGCUCUUACUUCUGUUCUUACUCUUCCUACAUAAUGCAGUUAUCUUUCUGCCUUCGCCAAUCCAGUCAUAAUGGUUGUUUGUUUUGCUAUCUGCUGUAAAUGGUCCCAUGUUCUUUUAGAGGAAGCAUGUUUUAGAAAUUGAUAGAUACAAUCAGCAGCAAUUACGCCUAAUUUUAGUUGCACCAGUGGUCUGUUGCCACUAAUGGUCUCUUUUAAAAUGUGCAUUUGACUGUGGUCCAAACCUUCAUUAUAGCUAUCGGUGAUGCCAGCAUGAUUUGUACUUGCUGACAUAGCAGCAAAUAUAGUAUACUGCUUUUGACGGGAAUAUUAACAUAUAGCUGCAAGUUGAUUUUGAUGGAACAUCCAAGUAUAGCUACCUUGUUAAAAAUUCAAAUUGUAUUUCAUAUUGAAUUUAGCUGUUGAAGAUUUGGAUAAAGUAGUUCUUUGUAUGGAAUAAUAGGCAUAAUGUGAUUCAAAUAACAGAAUUGUGAUGUUAACUCGUGUUCUGAAAUCUGGUCAACUGCAGGCAAUACAACAUACAUUUUACAGAAGAAGUAUGAUUGUCGCUGAUUCAGUAACGCACAUAAUUCAGCAUCUACAGCAUCAGGCUCUUAAUGCUAUUGCUAUAGCCAAGGUACGCAAAAAGUUUCAGUAAGUAGUUUACUGUUCGGUAUAGUUAAAAUGAGUAGCUUUAUAACAGUUGGGCUGCUUCGUUUAUGCAUUUUUAGUGAUAGAAACCAGCUAAAGAGGUCAAAUAGUUGGGAGGUAAGCAGUGAUGAUGAUAGCAGUCAUAUGUCAUUAUGUGAACAAGCUCCAGGUUCCUAGUGUGCAACUGUGAGGAGGAGAUUCGAAGCUUUCUGUUUUUCAAUGGAAUUCUGUUUGUCAAUGCUAUAUAUCUGAAGCUGGACAAACUGGUUAGUCUUAAUGGUGCUUUACGGAAACAAGCCAGUUGACUAAUAUAGUUAUCAUUAACUGCUGUUUAGGAGUCAAACACAACACUACACUGUGGUUAAUUGAAAGUGAAAGUAAAUGUUUUUGAUUACCCUUCUUAUAAUUAGUGCCAGAAGAGCCAUGGUGAUGGGGGAGACUGGGGAUUAUUUAUAUAAUAUUGAGCCAUAGAUUAUUGCAUCUGAAUGCAGUCAAUGUAUGUUUUACAUUGCUGAGAAAAUAUGUAUUGAAUUUCAUACUUACUCACAUACUGAACACUUUGGUGAGUUUCCUCAACUGCAAAGUUGAUGUUAAUAUGUGAAGCAGAACAUGGGUGAAUGAUCACCAAAGGAGAGAAUGAUCACACAGACGAUAAUAAUAUGUAGCACUAGGGAUGUUUCCAGCUUAAACUCCAUUGAGGUUAAAAUGAAUCUGUGCUCUGGCGGAAGUCCUGCAUGUUUCAAAAGGGCUUGUGCUGAAGAGUCUCAGAUAAACUGUUCACUAGCAUUUUGAAAGCAGCAAGGAUAUUCCCUAGAGUCUAAGCUAAACCUGAGUAACUUCAGGGUUGCAUUAAUGUGCCGACUAUACUUAAUUUGGGAUAAAGGGGGAGGGGCUACUUUGGGGAUAGCUUUUCUUGCUAAGAUUUGUGUAAGAUUAUGAUAUGUAUAUUAAAUGUGGCUUAGCUCAACCUUGAGACCAAAAAUGCAAAUAAUGUGGUAGGCUCAUAAAUGCAAUACAACAUUUGCUGUUGAAUUUUCCAUAAAUACUAAACCCCAAAUGCUCUCUUCUAUGCUUUUUUAAAUGAAGAAAAGAGUUAUUUCAGACAAGAAGUACAGCGAACAGCGCCUUGAUGUACUCUCUGCUCUUGUAUUGGCUGAGAACACCCUCAACGGUCCUAGCACAAAACAGAGACGACUAAUUAUUUCCCUCGCACUCAGUGUGGGCACACAAAUGGUAAGCACAUCAGUUCCUUUCAUAAUUGCAAUAUUUAUCAUUUUUGUUAGCCGCAGUCGUCAGUGAUUAAGGCACAGCCAUAAAAUUAACUUUUGUUAUUAUUAUUGGAUUGAUGCUCUUGCAUGUCUAUCUCCUUCUUUCCUUUCUCCCUUUCAGAAAACAUUUAAAGAUGAAGAGCUCCUUCCUCUCCAAGUAGUUAUGAAGAAGCUUGCCUUAAUCAGUGAACUUAAAGAACGGUAGGUAAUACCACGGAACGAAAUUCUGUAGACUUUCAGCACAAUACACCACCUUCUUGACUCCUGUAGAGUGCUAUUCAUCAUCAUAUGUGAUAGUCAGUAUUUUGUAUACUUAGUAUGAAACUUGGCUUUAAGCACAGAGUUCAGCAUCCUGAAGAAUGAAUUCCAUUCUUGUUUCUUAAAAACUGUUUUUUUCACCCCUGUGACUUGUGAACAUCAGCUUGAAAGUGUGCUAUAUUAUAAGGUUAUUUCUGUUUGAGAUCAUUGCUGUUGGAAUGGUAAUUCUUUGCUUUCUUUCUCAGUAGUAACGUUGCUCCUUUUCCCUUCUAGAGUCCAAGCACAAUGUGACUGUUGCUUCUUGUAUUGGCACAGAACUGUAUUUCCAAUUUAUCUUGAUGAUGUCUAUGAAAAUGCAGUGGAUGCUGCUAGGUUACAUGUAAGUAAAAGAAAUAUACGAACUAGGAAGGUGGGUUAAACAAAACCAUGGUUUGAGAUAAUGGCUUGCUAAUUAACUUUGGUUAGAACAAAGCACAGUUCCGAAAGGUCUUGCAUAAUGUGGAGUUGUGGAAGCCUGCAAAGAGGAGAAGGGUGAGCACACAAACUUCUGGUUAAUUUGUGAUUCUGUGAAGCAGUCCAGCGAGUUCUGUGACAACAAAAGUUGUAAUGGCAGUCAAGUGCACCCAAUGUAUUAUUUCUGUUGAGCAGCAGCCAUGGGGAUUAAAUGCACCUUUCAAGCAGUUGUCUUGAGGAUGCCUUCCCCUUCAUUCCUUCUCUUGCUGCACUUUUCACGGUUUAAAUCAGUAGCAGGGUGGUGCAGGCAGAGCAGUGUUGUUGACUUGGCUUCAUAUUUGCUUCUCUUUUAAUGUUGACUGAGAGAUAAGAGACAAAGCCUUAAGGAUGACAAGCAAAGCAAAGCCUUCUCCCAUCAGAGGAGAUCAGGAGAAGGACAGCAAAGUUUUUCAAAAUCUCAUACAGUAGUUCCUCUUAAUAAGUUCAAUUCAGGCUGUCUCUCACUUGCUCUCCCAAUAAUCAGCUCCCCUUUAAAAAAAGUUUUAAAAGAAUUUACUGUGAGGGUUCUGCCAAAGUUUUUUUUUUAAGUGAAGGGUUCUACUACUGCAAAAAGUGUGAGAACCACUGACCUAAAGUUUAACUUUAUUUUUAAUUUUGUUUAUUUAACAAAAUGUAUACACCCCUGUGGUGAAACCUCUAAGCAGUUUACAAGAGUUUGAAUGGUUUGUUAUUAAGCUUGCUUGUUUCAACUAACCUUAGUUAAGCUUAACCUCAAUUUAGGAUUCUGAUGGCAUUCUAAGCUGUGAUUAAUCUAGAAAUGAAGUGGAAGCUUCCAAUUUCUUAGUGCUGUGCUGGAGUUGGGUGGGGGAAGAAUGCUCAGCUUCCAGGCUCACUGAGUCUUGUUCUGGUAAACCAUGAUUUAGCAUUCCAUCUGAAUGUAGUUUUAGAGAUUAAUUGAGGUUCAGGAUCCUGAGUUCUAAUUGCUCAGAUUCCCUUUUAGUGCAUGCUGUUGCUUGGGUUCUUUAUCAAUUUGCAGCUUUUUUUUACAGUACAUGUUUAGUGCAUUGCGGGAUUGUGUACCAGCUAUGAUGCAUUCAAGGCACUUGGAGUCCCAUGAAAUACUUUUGGAAAGCUAUGACAAAGAAAUCAUGGAUGUUUUAAACAAGGUGAUGGUGCAAGCUUUUUAUUUACUUUGAAUGAAAGCAGUACAGAGCAAUCUGAGAAUAUUUAAAUCUGCCAGUGUUGAGGAUUUCUGUUGGAAUUCUAAAAAUUCUUAAAGUUAAUAGAAACUCACAUUUUUUAUUGCUCUAGUCUCAUUUUUCCUCAAUUAUUCAUCUGCUUUAGGUUUAUGCUAACGUUUGUUGAGUUGUGGUUAUAUACUUGUAUCACAAUGUAGUGUUUAUAUAACACUGCAUAUUCUAAUUUCCUAUUCAGUUGUCUCUCCUCUUUUCCCUUUGCAUCUUGUGUAGAUUUAGCUUCCAAGGCAGGGCUUAAAAAAAAAUAUUAACAUACAUAAUGUACUGUUUAUAUUUUAAGUGACCAACAGUCACCAAACCUUUGGGGAGAAUGGCCACUAUUUAGAGAGUGUGGGUUGUAUCCAGUACUGUCAUUCUGUUUGUGCAACAGAACUUCCUCCUUCUCUCAUCUGCAACCCCUUGUGCACCCUCAAAAUCUGCUCUAGAGGAUUAGGGGAUACUACUUUGUCUGUGUAUCUAUACAUGCACAGGGUAUAUGCAAUAACUCACUUUUUCAUCCUAAUGUUGAAUUAAAAAUAAUCCAAUUUAGUCCCUCAUUGGAGAAGGAAAACCAUCUUUUUGGAUCUCCUGUUUCUUUGUAGAACGAUUUUAUUGGGGAAUAAAUGUCUUGUGAAGAUUAGUUUUUCACCCCAUGAAAAUAGUGUUUGUUGUGAUUUUACUUGAGCAGCACCUGCUGGACAAACUAUGCAAAGAAAUAGAAAAGGACCUUCGCCUUUCUGUGCACACACACUUGAAACUAGAUGACAGAAAUCCCUUCAGAGUCGGAAUGAAAGACCUUGCCCACUUCUUCACCUUGAACCCAAUUCGUUUUUUCAAUCGGUUCAUAGAUAUCAAAGGUAGGCUUUACUUAAUGUUCACUUUCAAAGCUUAAUACUUUUUCUGUGAAGUAAAAUUCAUCCCUUCUCUCUCUCUCUCUCUCUCUGUGUGUGUGUGUGUGUGUGUGCUUUUUUGAGGAAAUCUGUCCUCAAUAUGCUGAUAUGAUCAGUGUAGCUCCAGCAGAUACUUUUACUCGAAGCAUUUCUAAUGUUAUUUUAUUUCUAGAGUUCUAAAUAACCUUAGAGUUGGGAUGAAUAUGCUUUCCUUCUCUUUUCUUCUGCCCUUUUCUCCAAGUAUUCAUUGUGAAAAUGACUGUUGCUUUCACCCCCCUCUUUUUGCAGCCUAUGUGACACAUUACCUAGACAAGACUUUCUACAACCUUACUACAGUAGCUCUGCAUGACUGGGCCACCUAUAGCGAGAUGAGGAAUUUAGCAACGCAGCGCUAUGGUUUAACUAUGACAGAAGCACAUCUUCCUAGUCAGACUUUAGAACAGGUACAUCAUGUUUAUGCUAGUGUCUCUGUAUUUUUUAAAAGCAGGAUUUUGUGACUUGCUGAAGUACGGUACUUAAGGCUUCUGGUGUUUUUGCUUUUUAGAAAUUUCAAAUAACAGCACUUAUUUGGAUUAUUUCCAGAUGUGAUGUAGUUAAAUUGCCUACUGUUUUUUCAGGGCCUUGAUGUUCUGGAAAUUAUGAGGAAUAUUCAUGUAUUUGUAUCCCGUUACCUCUACAAUCUCAAUAAUCAGGUGAGAGCAGGGGAUAUGUCUACACUUUAAAAAGCAAAUCUUAUUGCUGCUGAUUUCCAUUUAAUAGCUAUUAUAAUUAUAUAGCAAUUUUUAAAUUGCAGAUCUUCAUUGAGAGAAUCAGCAAUAACAAGCAUCUGAACACCAUAAAUAUCAGGCACAUUGCUAAUUCAAUUCGAACACAUGGCACAGGAAUCAUGAACACAACUGUGAGUAUUUUGUGUUAUUCCCAGAACAGCUGCUGAGCUGGCAUUUACUGACCUUUUAUUUAAAACUGCAUUGUGAACAGCACAAGCAAUUGGAGGAAAGUGGUUUCACAUGCUGGGUUAAUUUGAGCACAAAGAGGACAUCUGUGUAUGUAAGAGGGGCAAAUUUUAAAAUACUCUGAGAAGAAAGAUGAGAUUAAACUAUGAAAUAAGCAUUUUCAUUUUUCCAAAUUAUGAUAGUUCAUAAAUUUGUGUGUGCAAGAUGCCACUUAACAGUAUGUUGUGAUGGAGAGAUAAGUAUGCCAGCCCAGCUCCUUUCCUCCCUCCUUUCCAUCUCGCCCUAGUGUGGCAAUUUCCAGACAGUAAGCUGAGAUGCAGUAGUGCAUUGAGGGGAUGGGAGUAUAUUUACAUUAUCCUUGUUGUCUUCUUCUGCACAGUUUUAAGGGGAUAGUUUUGAUGUGUAAGCCCCAAUUCCUGAUGAGACUUUUUUCUCCCAUGUCCUAUCUAGGAUUCUUUGUCCAGCUAAGAAUGCCUUCUGCUGUUCACUUAUUCACACAAUAACUUCAGAUUAACAAAUGCUCAGUGUACCAAAACAUAUUGACUUGGGUAGGACUGUAACAUUAUAAGUGAGCUAUUGAUGGUUUUGAGUCUUGGGAUCAGUAUCACAAGUCACUGGGGAAAUGUCUUCUAAUGGGGGGCAUCAGUCGUCUUCAUACUGUACUUUUCCCUACUUUUCUUCAGGUAAAUUUCACAUACCAGUUUCUGAGAAAGAAAUUUUAUAUCUUCAGCCAGUUCAUGUAUGACGAGCACAUCAAAUCCAGAUUGAUCAAAGAUAUCAGAUUCUUUCGGGAAGUUAAAGAUCAAAAUGACCACAAGGUAUGUUGUUUGUGAAACCAUUGCUAAGAACUACAAGAUUGAUAGUUGAUUUGAAUCUCUCUUGAGAUAAACAAUGCCCAUGUAAAUAUAAUUAUAAAAGCCUGGUUUUUAUUUUCCUUCAACGCCACUCCUUCUGAUAGUGAGUUUGGCGGUGAAUUCUAUCAGGAUUGUAUCCAAAAUUGGGCCACUGGGAAACGAGGAGGAACCUUGGGGUUUGGAAAACCCUCAAAUAGCCUAAUGAAUUCAUUGAGUAACCACAGAAUUACUCAAUGAUUGGAAAAGAAAAAUGGAACAUGGGGAUAGAAUCUGUGCUUGGAGGGAGGAUCCACCUAUUUACACAAACCUGCUCAUGUUAGGAGGGAGGAUAAAUUGUAGCAUUUUGUUGCAGGUUCCAUUUACUGGCCUAAAUGCACAGAAGCAAUAUAUGUCUAAAAUAUAGUUGUGCAUCUCUCUUUAGCUGCAAAACUCACAUUUUGAAUGUUCUAAAAUGUUUUGCAAGGUAACGGAUCUUAUUAAAAUGUGUUUCCAAGAGAGAUUGAUAUUUGCUUUCGAAUUUUACAUUAUUUUGGUUUAUAUAGCAUGCUAGGGGUUACUAUUUUAGAAGAACAAAAGUGUUUGGGUGUUUGGAAAAAUACAAUGGGGCUGACAAAGGUAUUUCAAGUUACUUACUGUAUUUCUUCAAUCUUAAAAUAAUUUUUCUAGUACCCCUUUGAGAGAGCAGAGAAAUUCAACCGAGGGAUCAGGAAACUUGGAAUUACACCUGAUGGACAAAGUUACCUUGACCAGUUCAGGCAACUAAUAAGUCAGAUAGGUAUGAAAAUAUAUUGUAAACACUAUUUUGAGAUAUAUUGCUAGAAUCCAAAAAGCUAUCAGGUGGGACUGGGCAUACCUAAUGGGCUUGUUUACAUUUUCCCCCCUUGGAACAGCAGUUCCAAUAUUCUAUCACUUGGGAAGUUCCUUCAGUUUCAAAAGUAGCUGGUCAAAGUUGGGGCAGGGUAGGUGACCAAAAAACACAAGCUUCCUUGUUGUUGAGCUUUUUUUAGGGAAGAGGAAAGCCCCAAUUUUAGGCGGGGGGGUUGGGGGAAAGAAGAACAGCAAACAGCCUCACUCAGUAAGCUCUGUCAUCUGUUCUGCAUAUCGUGCAACAGUGGCGGGUGGGGCGAGGGAGCUAAUGAAAGGGACCCAGUGAUUGACCACGAUCCACCAAAACCUCCCGGGGAUCUACCAGUAGAUUGUGAUCAACCUGUUGGACAUCCCUGGUGUAGUUAUUUCAACCCUGAAACCUAACAUUCUGUUCACUUUAUUAAAUUAUAAAAGACAGUGAGCACAACCUGGCCAAAACCAAGUAUGUACUUUGAAGUCUAACAAAUUGCAAUGGACUAGAUUAACUAAACGCAUUGGCUAUACAGUGCUAAUAUGCACAUUAGUCUUCACUAUAACACAUUCUGUAAAGGGCACUACUUAUGGUUGCCAGUGUAUUCUCCCAAUAUGACUUGUUUAUUUACAGAUGAAAUAGUAUUGUGGGGGGGUGGAGAGGAGAUGCAGCUUUAUCAGCUGUCUCCAACAGGUUUUAACUUUCUAAAUGGACUUAGUGUCAUUAAAUUCUGAAUGCUCGGUUACUUAAUUUCAGGUACUUAUUCUUGUUGCCUAUAUAUUUUAUUUUUAAAGGGAAUGCCAUGGGCUACGUCCGAAUGAUAAGAUCUGGUGGACUUCAUUGCUGUAGUAGUGCAAUUAGGUAUGCAACCAAAGAUUUCAGCUUGCUUGUCUAUGCUUCUGUAAAGCAAAGUGGGGAGCCUGUAUCCCACAGACCACAUGCACCUCUAACCUAUUUUCAUGCCAAUCAGAAGCUGCAAUUUGGUUUUUGAAUGUUUUGGAAGUUGAGCGGGCUUCCGGAACGGAUUCCGUUCGACUUCCAAGGUACGACUGUAUGUCUUUUCAGAUUUGGAUAGGGAUACAGUUUUAUUUCGAUCAAAUCUGUGUGAGGUUAUAUAUAGAUUCAAUGUAAAGUAUUAUGCAAGGCUAUCCUCUCUGUAACAGAGCAAUCUUGAUAGUUUGCAUACACUAUGUAAUACUCCUCCCUCCCCCCAAAUCAUGCUCAUCCUUGCCAUAUUCUUUUUUCUUCUUGGUUAGACUAGAAAGUCAUUCCAUGGGAUUUGUGAGCCAGAGAAUCAAGCAGUGUGGAGGUCAGGGUUCUUUUUUAGAAAGCAAACCUUUGGUCAUAGUGUAAAAAUAAAAGCAAGCUUGUGAUAAAGAUCUGAACAGAAGUAAUGUAAGAAAUACGAAGCUUAAGUUAGCGUUUUUAUACAAAUCAUGAUAUAUAAUUGUGAAUGAGUGAAUCGCAUAUGAAACUUGUAGGUUUGUUCCUGAUAUUGAAGAUAUCAUUAAUUUUGAAGAACUUGUGAAAGAGGAAGGUCUUGCUGAAGAAACACAAAAAGCAGCCAGGUAACCUUACUUGAUGCAUCGACAAAAUUCUUGCACAAACUGUUCCUUUAAAAACCGCCUCAAAGCAUUUUCAAGUGUAUCUCUCUUUUAUAGGCAACUGGAUUCCGUACUUAGUGAUCUCACACGCAAUUCUGCAGAAGGCACGGAGUAUUUCAAAAUGCUUGUGGAUGUGUUUGCUCCUGAGUUUCGCAGUUCAAAGAACAUGCACCUACGCAACUUUUACAUAAUUGUUCCACCAUUGGUUAGUUUUGAUCUUUCUUGGUUGGUUUAAACAAUAAGCUAUUUAGUUACAUAUGCAGGAUGUGCUUGUGUUAAAACUGGUAAUUUCUUGUAAGGUUGCAGUAAGUUUAUUAAAUCACCAUAUGAAUUGCCCCCCCUCUACUAAGGUAUGGGGGGCAUGUUAUAUGCCAUUGUUGUACUGAUAUCCAUAAAAAGCACGUCCUUUUCAUGUAGAAAGUUACAGGCUGAACCAUUACCUGAAACCCUUUAACAAGGAAUGCUAACACGGCUGGGAAAUACUUGUGUCUGAAUGAGCAGAUGGACACCAAGUGACUGGCUAGAUGAAUUGUUAAUCAGACUCUGAUAUUGAUAUAAAUAAUCUUGAAUAACAAAUAUUUUUUUAAAAAUACUCCUGCUCCCCCCCAAAAAAAAUGCUUGAGGGGAUUUGUAAUAUAUAUAUAUUUGGAGAAUGUUUAAAUACUGCUCUAGAAGGGGCUGUAAAUCUCCAGACAGCUAGCAAUUAUUGUAUGAGAACACCACAUUCUGUCAUGGGCAACCUUUGCUCUCCCAAACUCCCCAUCUGAAAAAUCUGGUGAGAAAAGGGGGCUAUCAGUCUGGGCCUGUGGGAAAAAAUCAUAUUUGACUGACGGGUAGGAUGUGCUCUGAAUUUGAAUGAAUUCAUGAAGACCUCUCCUCAAGUAAUGGGAUGACAGAAGAGCUGUGUCACCCAAUAACACCUGAUAACUUACUGCCCUCCUUAUGUCUUAUUUUUAGGCUCUCAACUUCAUAGAGCAUUCAAUCAGCUGCAAGGAGAAGCUGAAUAAGAAGAACAAAGCUGGUGCAGCUUUCACCGAUGAUGGUUUUGCCAUGGGUGAGUUCAGGAACCAUAUUGAGUCUUCUUGCAUGGGUAACUAUCAUAAAUUGCAGGUUUUGAGGUUUUGUAUGGAAGGGGCCAUAGUUCAGUGGCAGAGCACAAGCUGUGCAUGCAGAAAAUCCACAUUUAAUCCCUGGUUUCUCCAGUCAAAAGGAUCUGCGCUAGUGGAAUUGUGAAAAGGAUAUAUCUGCUUGAGAUCUUGGAGAGUUACUGACAGUCAGAGAACUGUUCUAGUUGGUUAAAAAAUCUGACAUGUAUGAAGUAUCUUCAUAUGUGAUCAUAUAUAGCUCUCAGCUAAGUGUAUUCAAAGUGCGCCCCACAAGAUUCAGAAAAGAUGCAUCCUUAGCUAGGUGGUCAGUGUGCAGUGUUGAGGUGAGGGGUGGGGGGUAGAGAACUGAGUUUUUCCCCAUGGAGUUACCUCAGCGGAUGAUGAUGAUGAAGGCUUUGCUUUCUUCAAUCUGUAAUGGAUUCAAGUGCAUUCAAGUGCUUCAGGCAAAUGUUUCACAGGUGAAGUUUCUUCUCUCACAAACAACUGCACUCACUUGCUUAAGUGAUCCCCAAAGCAGAUUGGAGAGAGGAUUUUGAAAAAUUGGCCCCUUGCUACCCUUUUCAAAUUUUCACCGCACUCUCUUCCCCUAUGGGCAGAGAUGCAAACCUGAUUGUGAGCCUUCUGUGGGCAGAAAACCAGCUUUUUUAAAAAUGUAAAUGAAUAAAUAUUGACACGUACCACUAUAUAAGCAUUGUAUAACAAGCAUACAACUCUGAAGACUUGUAGAGAGGGGGGAAAUUGAGCUGGUGAGAAAAUGAUUCUGAUUUUAAUGAUCAAAGACCUGUUUGAUGUACAUGCGCAGAAUACGUUUGUAAAUUUUUACUGCUUUGAAGAAUGGGGUGCUUAACUUGAACGACUUGUUUUUUUGUUUGUUUUUUUAAUCUGUAGGUGUAGCUUACAUUCUGAAGCUUUUGGACCAGUACCAAGAAUUUGACUCUCUCCAUUGGUUCCAGUCAGUUCGAGAGAAAUACGUGAGAGAGAUCAGAGCAUUAGCAAAACAACAGAACGUUCAAUCAGCUGUCCAAGAUGAAAAGCUGCUACAGACUAUGAACCUUACUCACAAGCGACUGGAAGUUUGUUUGCAGGUAUCAGUCUCUGUCAGAGAGCAGGGAAAGGUGGUGGGAGGCACAUAUAUAUAUAAAUAUUUAAGAACAUAGAAAUGCCAGACAGCAAACAUGUCUCCUUUUUGGAUAACUUUUCCCCCUAAGAGCUUUCCCCCUAACAUUUAAUUAGUGGGCAUCACACCUGAAUCUACCCUUCGAUGUAACCCUGUAAGCAUGAAGAAUAGGCUGCAGUUAGGCAGAGAGAGCGGCACCUUUACAACAUCCAGCCAAAUACAUGCUUUAUUACUAGCUGAUGAUAAACUUAAAAAUUUUGAUUUGGAAUUGGGGAUCCUCAACAAGUAAAGUGUGGGGAUUCCAAAUGAGAGAACCACUCAUUUGGAAGUCUUGAGAACCACUGAUUUCUGAGUAGAAUUGAGGGGGACAGGAAAUGGAUAUUUACUGACGUGCUGCUUUUUAGGACAGUGACAUUUGUAGCAGACAUUAAGUUUAUGGGAUUGUAAAUAGUUAUUGUGGAAGGAAAGGUCUGCAGGAUUUAUUUAUUUUUUUAUAAAAAAACAACCUGCAGAGACAAAGUGGAAAUGACCAAAUUACUAGUAGUGUGUCAGGUAUGAAGCAAACUUUGAUUUGAAAGUGUGGUUCUGCCUUUCCCCGUAUUUGAUCAAUAAAAAACCAGUGCAAUUGAUAGUGCAGAUAAAAAUUAGGAAGCACUGCAAUUGUUUUUUAGGGGGUUUCUGGUAUCAGUGCACUUUAAUCAGGUACUGUGAAGAUUCUUGUUCUGUGGCAUGCUAAGACUUGCUGAGAAUUUCUUUAAUUUUUCAUAGGAGUUUGAACUGCUUUAUUUCUCACUAAGCAGCGCAAGGAUCUUUUUUAGAGCCGAUAAAACUGCAGCAGAAGAAAAUCAAGAGAAAAAAGACAGAGGUUAGUAAAAAAAUUAAUCAUCUUGUCUCUGGGAAAGUCAUGUUUGUGGUUAAAAACAAAAGCAUUGUAAAAGCAGUGCUGAGAAUAUAAAAUUCUUGUGACGUUCUACCUCUUUUGUAUUUCAGAAGAACCUGGAAAAACAAGCAAUGGGGACCUGUCCAACUCUAGUUCUGCAGAUCCUGUUGUGAAAUGAGAGCCUUGGUAUGCCUUUUGAUUCUGUACGAUGUAAUUAUGCAGCCCCAAAUUUGUAAAAGUGUACUGGUGAUCACUGAGAAUAACAAUUACGCUUAAGCUGAAAUAACUCCCUGUGUUCUGCAGAUCUUUUGGCGGUCUCGGAAAAAUGUUCACUUCUUUAAGCUGCUCCCACGUUGCCAGGGAUAAUAUCACGCUGGAAUUUAGCACUGUGGUAUUGGUCCCUCCAUGAUGUGAUUCCCGAUUACUAAUCUGAGGAAGUGGUGAUAACCCAGGCCGAGCAGAUGCGGGGGUUGGAAUGGUGCAGAACAGGAAGAAAACUGGUGGAUAUUGGCAUGACAUUUUAAACAGACUUUAUACAUGUAUAUAGUUUAAAUUUCAUUAAUAUUUCAUUGCUUUUUAAUCAAUUCUGUCUGUAAUCCACCUUGAGUCCCCUCAGGGAAUAAGGUGAUAUAUUCUUAAAUAUAUCAUCAUCAUCAGAGUGGCUUUUAAGAUAAACUUCUGCUCUACCAAAAUUGCUAGUUUGAGCAAAAAGGAAAGAAGCAAAACUAGCAGGUGAUUGGUGCAGCCGUGGUUAGACAGAAUGAAGUGUUUACCUGCUAUAGCUUCCUUCCUGGUUUGUAAGGAAUCACCAUUGUAUUUGCCAUCUCUUAUUGCAAAGGAAGUUAAUAUGAAUUGUUGGAGCUGCUUAACAUGUUAAAAUACGAACAGAAUAUGCAAUACAUCUUCAACUCUUUUUUUUUUUUGCUUUGUUUUAUAGACAUAUAGAGCAAUGGUGAUUUGUUGAAACAGAAGGGACCAAACUGGCAUGGAACUUUUCACCUUCUGAAUCUGAUAGUGACCCAGAAGUGCCAUGACUGUAGAGUAACUCAUACUCUCACAACUCAAAAAAAAAAAAUUACAAUUCAUCCUUUCUGUUGACAUUUCACUGAAGUCUGUUCUUUAGCCUAAUGUAUGAUUUUUGUCAGGGAGAUUUGGUGUCUUAUUUUGAUUCAGUUCAAUAACUUUUAAAAAAAAUCCUUUGCAUUUGAUUUAAUCACAACCUUGACAUUGCAGUUGCUGCUUAAUUCUGUCUGUAUUCACUUCAGCACUAAUGUCCCCAUUGAAAAAUCUGUCAUAGUUCAUAGACCUUUGGAAUCCAAAGAACAUGCCAACUUAGAGGGCCAGUCUCUGUCUUUCAGAGACUGACACUGUACAAACAUGUAAAUUUAAGGCACUUCUCUGUUAUAAUAAAUAUUCAUUGCCAUUUCUGCUUUUUUGGCCUCUAAUUUGGGAAUCCUUAGCUUAGGGCAUCCUACGUGCCUGAAUUGUGCAGUGCUAACCAAACUAACAUGGUCUUGGUGACUCAUAAAAACAAACAUCUGUAGCCUUCAUUGGGGUCUAAACUCAUGUACAUGCUCUGCUUCUGUGAAUAUAUACAUAUGUACAGUCCUAUGGCUUUCUUUGUGAAUAUAGAAUGGUAGUUAACUGCACUCUGAACAUUUUUCAUCAUGUAAACCAAUUUAAUAGAUGAACAGUUUUAAGUCUUUAAUGUGACUUUCAGUUUACAUUUUUUUUUUUUUUUUGAGCAAGUAGUAAUACAUUCCUUCUGGUGCCAUGGCAUAGGAUCUUAUACUUCAUCACACAGUUAUGUACAUGGGAUGGGUUAAAAUUGUGAAUACCUGCAACUAUGUUAAAAGCAAAAACAGCGGCACUAAAAAGAUACCGAGGUACUAUUUUUCCUUUACCCUUCCCACCUUUAAAUGCUGUUUUCAAACAUGAAAGCAACACCGCUGGCCACUUUUUCAUAGGCUGUUUGCAAAAGCCAGAAAUAAAGGGAAGUCUUCUUUUCAAAUUCUUGCGCAUGGUUGAAUUGUCAGGAUCUUCCUCUUCAUGAAUUAACAGGAUGUGGACCUAUAAGCCUCUUCCUCUAACAAAAGUCUAAGUGAAGAACAAACCCCGGGAGCAAACAUUUCGUAGGCUUAAAAUGACUGUUAAUAAUAAGCUUACUAGCCUAGCAGGAGUGGUAAAAUGGGUCAAUACAGCAAUGCUAUCAUAAUACUUUUUGACUGUGCACUUGUAUGUUUGAGUCCUGCUACAUGUUGUCAUUGAAGUAAAUUUGACGAGUCCCAUCUGAUUCAGUUAGUUCAAAUUCUCAGGAAGGAAGGGGACCAAAUAUUAACAUGUCUUGCUCUAAUUCAUUUUGCAAAACCAUUUUGUUUCAUUAUCUCAGGUUUCUUUUGUUCUGUUUGAUAUUCUGUACAUACUGUUAAUAAAUGUAACUUUGGAAAGUG